AUGGCUAAGGCGUACGAUAGGAUGGAGUGGCCCUUUGUGAAUGACAUGUUGGUGGGUUUGGGCUUUGAUGCUAAGUGGAUACAGUUGAUUAUGAUGUGUAUUCAAGCCGUGCAGUAUAGAGUUCUGGUAAACGGUAGGCCUACUGAGGUUAUUGUGCCUUCUAGGGGUCUACGCCAAGGGGACCCCUUGUCUCCGUAUUUGUUUAACAUUUGUGCCGAAAGGUUGUCUUUACUCUUGCAGGAUUCGCAGGCGAAGGGGCGUAUACAUGGAUGUAGGGUGGCCCGGGGGGCUCCACCGAUCUCACAUUUGUUCUUUGUAGAUGACAGUUUACUCUUCUUUAAAGCCAAUCUGCAGGAGACUCAAGAGGUGAAAAGAUGUCUGAGUGUGUAUGAGACGUUUUCUGGCCAAGCGGUGAAUUUUCAUAAAUCAAGUGUGUCGUUUAGUCGGAAUACUCAGGAGGAGAUGAGAGAUCUUGUCUCAGGGACCUUAACGGUGGCACAAGCAGAGGAUUUCGGUAAGUACCUGGGGUUGCCUUCAGUUAUUGGUAGGAACAGAAGGGCGGUUUUUGCUUACAUUGAGAAAAAAUUGAAACAAAGGUUCGGCUCAUGGAAUAAGAGGUUACUGACUAAAGCCGGUAAGGAGGUACUUUUGAAGAGUGUUGCUCAGGCUAUGCCAACUUAUACAAUGAGUAUUUAUCUGCUCUCGACUACUUUACGUGUCUCUUUGGAAAGAUUGAUGAACAGGUAUUGGUGGGGUCAGGGUGGAAAUGAUGGUAGCAUCCAUUGGUUGGCUUGGGAUAGGAUGUGUAAACCCAAGAAGUAUGGAGGAAUGGGUUUCAAACGGCUUCAUGAGUUUAACUUGGCUUUAUUGGCAAAGCAAGGGUGGCGCCUACUAACUAGUCAGAAGUCCUUAAUGGCUCGUGUUUUUAAGGCAAGGUACUUUCCUACUACGUCCUUUUAUGAGGCUGUUUUAGGGGGUAAUCCCAGUUAUGUGUGGAGGAGCAUUAUGGCUAGCCAGAACUUGUUAAAGUCGGGGUGCAGGCGCAGGAUUGGCAAUGACAGGGAUACUCAGAUAUGGGGAAUUCCUUGGCUACCGGAUCUGCAGAACCCCUAUGUUGAUUCUGUCCAGGUAGAUAAUGGUCAUGACUUGUUGGUUUCGGACUUAAUUGAUGCAAGCACCGGGAGUUGGAAAAAUGAUUAUUUGCAGCAGCUGUGUUCUGUCUCAAAUUCAAAUUCCUCCUAUUGCCAACAAGAAUUUUGUGCAUGGGCGGAGGAGUGGCUCGGUGAUGAUACGGUUUUCUCAAGUGAAAUGCAGGGCCGUAUUUGUGGUGUGCUUCAUUCUAUCUGGACUACACGCAAUUCCGCUGUGUGGGAUGCAGCUAUGCCGGGUCCUAGCGUACUGCUCUGCCGGCUUCACGCGCAAUGGUCCGCCUGGAAAGACACCGAGCUACGACGAGUUGCGGCAAGUGGAAGAAAUUCAGACACGGGACCAGCGCACGCCUCCCCUGCUACGCCCGGCACCUUUUCAUGUUUCGUGGAUGCUGGUUUCCAUGGACCGCAACGAGCCCCCGCUUUCAGAUUUGUGGUGUACGGCGGCGACUUGUCCUUCGUGGUGGCGGCAAACAGCCCCUUGGCUUGUCCGUAUGACCCCCUUCUAGCAGAAGUUAUGGCUUUGUGUGAAGCCCUCUCUUGGCUAAGGAUAAAUGGGUACUCAGGUGGCUCAAUCUACACGGAUUCAUCGCUUUUGGUCUCUAGUCUUAUUUCUGUUAGUUCGUUUCGUAAUUACUUUGGUUUUACUCUUUUAGCAUGUAAACACUUAGUUAAUGCGUUGCCUGGUUCUGUUGUUUGUUAUGUUAAUAGGGAGGCCAACCAAGUGGCGCACUCCUUAUCUAAACAUGUAGCUGCUGUUGCAGAACGUUCAGUUUGGAGGGAUGUUCCUCCUUCGUUUAUUCAGUCCAUGCUGGCUAAUACAAUCUGA